UAGAUAAACACGCAGUUUGCCCUUCUUGACGAUGAUAUCGUUUCGUGUGGCUCUGCUGGUAAUGAUCACUUUGUGUCAAAUUGCCAGUAACGAUUUUUGGUCGCAAAGAAGAUGUUGCGCCAAUGCUGAACAACCUACAACAACCGCCGAGGAUGAGGCAAAGCGCGAAACUAAGUCUCUCGUAGAAAUUGCACUUCGUAGAGUCGCAAACGUCGAGCGACAGCUUCAAGAACGAAAUGGCACAUGUGACAAGGUUGAUUUACUGAACAUAACUUUUGACGAAAGGAGAUGGAGGCAAGAAGCUCUUUUGACGGUACAAGUGGCUAACCUUAUGACAUCGCUGUGGCGCUCGCGCGGAAGAGACGGUGAUCCCAUUGGAGCUAACGACGCGCUUCUGUACCACUACGUGCGCUCGAUCGUUUUAUUUUCGCCGUCUGUCUUCGGUUCAGUGAUUUGCUUUGACAACUAUUUGUACAAGAACUACACAAGAUUUUGUCCCUAUGCAUUCAGGGAUCCCGAGUUAAAAAAAAGUGUUCAUGUCAUAGAUAUAGUUUCGGCGAGUCAAGGUUAUGACUACACGACGGACGAAAAUGCGAUUUGGUGGCACAAACCUAAAAAAAAAGCACUUACUUUCCGUCCCGAGAGCAUCACAAGCUAUUAUGAAGUACGAUACAACUUAACCCACACGGAUGAUAAAAAAAAACGGGUCUUCCCGCAUGUGACAUUUGAAGAUGGGGCAUGGACGCGACCUUAUUUCGACUGCUUUGGGGGAAAGGUUUGGAUGGUGACCUAUCUCGCUCCUUUUUACAACGAAACGGACGACUUCCUGGGUGUGGUCAGUAUCGAUGUGGUACUUAGCGACAUUGACAUUAACCAGUGUGACGAGCAGGAGUCCUCUGAAUCUGAUGAUGGAGUGGAGAAAGGACUCGGAUAUGCAUCGGAUAAUUUAAUGGAAUUCAUGGGUACUCAUCUCUGCAAGAAAUCAACAGAGUGUCAAGCAAUCCACAAUCAAGGAUUCAGGCGAGGGAGCUACAUAUGUACAUGUAAGCGGGGCUUUUACUUCCCUGACAGUCAGGCGUCUGUAAAGGCUUUUAACGGAACCCUCAUUGAGCUCCAACACGAUCGAUAUCUACGAGGCGACCCAAACUCUUACGAAGAGGACUUCGAAUGCAUUCGUUGCAGUGUUGGAUGCGACGAGUGUGUUGACGACAAACCAUGCGUUUACAGCUCUAAUAGCUAUAUCCGUUUACCGCUGUUUUUUCUAAAUGCACUCGUUAUGUGUGUGGCUGUAGCAUUUGCUGUAUGCGUGGGAAUACACUGGAAUGACAGGGUAUGUUAAAUUUCCUAUUCUCUAUUUGGA